AUGUUUGCCAGACGAUCCUUUCAUACAACAACUAUAAGAUAUAAAAAUUAUUAUGAAAUACUUAACUUGAGACACAAUGCCGAUCGACGAGCUAUAAAGUCAAGUUAUUACAAACUUUCGAAAAAGUACCAUCCCGAUCUCAAUCCGAAGAACAAUGAGGCACAUAAAAAAUUUGUUGAAAUAAAUGAAGCAUAUGCUGUCUUGGGGAAUGAAGCCAAUAAGAGAAAGUAUGAUUUCGAUCUUCAACAUGGAAGUGUUGAUACUGGAGCAGCGCCUUUUGGAGGUCGUAGAGACUCUAACUCUAAUCGUGCUUACGCUCAGGCUGCUUGGCAUUUCAAAAGAAGAGCGCCGAAAGCUACCGGUACCAAAAGUGCUCAAGAACAAGCAGAGAAAAUUAAAUAUACCCAAGCAAACAAUCCAGGAUUUAACCAUAGUGAACACUUUAAUCGACAUUAUGAAGCUGAGGAGCAUAGACGUAGAAUUCGCAUAAAAAAUGCUACGAGGCGUAGAAAAGAAGCAGGAGAGACGAUACAUGAACAACAGGCAAACGACUCUCAUAAUACAUGGAACCGGUUUUGGAGGCUGGCAUUGAUAUUGAGCGGUAUUGCUUAUGCCACGCAAGCUGUAAACUAA